GUCAAUUUACGGCUCUAAACUGCUCCUGCUUCUGUGCUUCCAUGCCAGCACAUCACUGCGCCUCCCCGCAGACCAUCCAUCCGUUCUUCCUUUCUUCCUCAUAAACGUUCUGUCAUGCCGCGUGGGAGGCUAUAAACCCAAGGGAGCGUCUUCCGUCUGCUGGUGAUAUCUGGUUGUGAGGGGAGGUACACGAGGGCCGUCAAACCCUCCAGUUUUCCUAUCCACCCGUCCACCACUGAGCUCUCCCCCCCGGUCAACGAAAAACCAUGUCGAUCAAGCUACACAACUUUGGCGAGCCGGCGUCGAUGCCGAAGCACUCCUACUUCUGCCAAAAGCUCGAGACGUACUUUCGUGCCGCCGGCUGGUUGAGCGACCAAGACUACGUCACUGUGCCGCACUGGUCCUCUAAUGUGCCCACGCGCUCUGUGAAGGACUUUCUGCAGAUCCCGUUCGUGACGUUCGAAGAUGACUGCGAGAAGAAACAAGAUUUUAGGGCGGUGAGGGAGCUGGUGGGGAUGGGCAUGUUGAAAGAUCUUGAUGCUGGGUUGUCGGCCGAGAGGAGGGUGGAUACCAAGGUCUGGCAGAUCUUUAUCGAGGAAUCCGUGUUCCCCGCAACACUCCUCACCCGCUAUCGGGACGAGAAGAACUGGCCGGUCUUCCUCUCCGAGUCUGUCGAGCUCGGCAUCCCCUUCCUCGCGGACGGCAGCGCCGACCCGGUAUCCGUCCGUCAACACAUGCUCAUCCAUCUCAGGCAGCACGGGAUAAGCCGGUACGACAAGUACGAGAUCGCGGACCAACUGGAAGAUGCCGUGCGCAAUAUCGAGGUCAAGCUGCUCGCGAUCGAGACGCCUAACGGAUACGUGUACGGCGGCUUGCGCCCAACGAGUCUGGACGUGAUCCUUUAUUCCUGGCUGGCGAGCGUGUUGAGCACGAAAUGCAACCAGGCGAUCUCCUUCCUUAUCCUGAACAGCCCCAGGCUGAGGAGUUACGUGCAGCGGUUGACACAGCUCUGGUUCCCAGAGUAUGAGCUGUUGUUGGACCUUACUAGUACUGCUGAGACGUUGGCAAUCCGACAACGAAAACCAAGCACGAUGACACUAACGCUGCACGUCUUCCCUCACGCCUACGCGUGCCCGAACAUCUCCUACUACUGCCAGAAGCUCGAGACCUACCUCCGCGCAGCCGGGUACAAGGACUACAGGGAAUCCGUCGACGGCUCAACCAACGGGCCCAAGGGGAAGAUCCCGUUCGUCGUCUUCCCCUCCGGAGAGAAGCUUGGCGAUACGUACUUUAUAAUGCGCCACCUCGUUUCCCAAGGCACAAUUCGAGACCUGGACGCCGAUGCCGGGCUAAGCAAGCUGCAGAAAGCGGAUGCGAGAGCGUGGGUCGCCCAGGUGGACGAGUUCCUCUACCCGCUCACGUGCUGCACUCUCUUUCUCGAAAAGGAGAACUAUGCCGAGCUCUGCUUGCAGAUGUUUGGCGAGCCUAGUGCGCUCCGCAGAGUAGGGGCGUGGUGGGUCCAGCGAGACGUGCACAAGUUCUUGUGGCAGCAUGGUGUUGGGAGGCAUUCGCCAGGGGAGUGGAGGAAUAUGCUGAGCGAGUUUCUGGAGAACGUCGUUGCCCGGCUUGAGGGAAGCAAGUACAUGUUCGGCGAGCGCCCGACGAGCGCGGACGUGGUCGUCUAUGCCUGGCUUGUGACGUGCCUCGAGACGCGGGGGACGGUGUUUGUGCAGAAGUGGGUGCUGGGAAACGCGCCGUUGAAGACGUAUGUGAAGGGCUUGACGGAGGCGUGGUUCCCGGAGUAUGAUGGGAUCUUGAGAUUGGUGGUUUAG